AUGUCCGCCGUGGAAGAAGCCCUCAGCAAACCUGAGUACUGGGAUAAGCACUACUCCAAGUCAGACGGUCAGACACCUACCCACGAGUGGUUCCGUUCCUUCAACGACCUGGAAGAGUUCUUUCAAAGUCCACUCUUUGAUGCGCCAGGAUUCACACCACCCGACAACCCGGUGAUUCUCCAUCUCGGCUCAGGGGAUAACCUACAAAUUCUCGGUGGACACAACGGCGGGUUUGAGUACUACGGUUGGGUGAUUCGGAAGGCAAGGAGCAAGGAGCAAAAGCUAUAA